AUGGCGGAUCUCGAAUUCUCAGCCGAUAAUGCGACUCCGGUGGUUCCGCUCACGUCCAUGUGCAUUGUCGCCGAUAAAAAUAAGUCGCCUCGCGGUUUUGUACCGGUAAAUUUUCUAUUUUUGUUUAAAAGCGAUCAAUUCGUUCAGAUUGUGAAAUGCCAAGACGACCAAAGCGAUGCGGACCUCUGGAGAGACGGUUUCUUCACAAUCAACCGACAAGUGCGCUAUAUUUGCACGAGCUCCGAGAUUCCCGAUUCGAAUAUCAAAGUAUGAUUCACAGUAUGUCAAAGCGUUUAUUUAGCAAUCGAUUAAUUGCAGACUGCCGUACAAGUCGUUACCAAUAUCAUAAUAGUACGCGAGUCUGACCCCAUUCCGCACGGUUAUGUGGCUAUUGAUUACACCGCUGACAGCAGUAAGUGGUUUUCACACCAUUUCGAUACUGAGCAACCUAUUCAGGAGAAAAAUCACUGCGCAAAAAGUACGUCUGCAUUCGAACAGAGCCACGAGAUCGCGUCGUUGAUGCCAUCAGUGAAAUAAUAAUUCUGGGAAAGACGAAAAAGAUUCCGAGAGAUUAUACUUCUGCGGGGUAAGUAAUUCUUUUGAAAAUGUAAAGUUAGUUUCUAUUUCAGAGAAAUCGACUCCCUUCUUGUCUGCUAUAAAGUGGUGCCGAUUCCACAAACAUAUGGUAUUCAAACCAGUAACAGGUAAAUAAAAAUGUGAUAAUGCAAGACAUCAAGGGCUGUUUCAGCGCAUCAAUGCUGGAUAACAACAUGUCCAUGGGCGGGCUCUACCCCGGCUUGCCUCCUCUUUCGAGCUCUACACCGUCUAGUCUGGAUGUCACUGGAGCAUCCCAUUCGUCUGCGUUCACCAUGAAGGUCCGUUUACUUUUUCCCAAAACUCCCAAAAACUUUUAUUUGCUUAGAACGUCGGUGUCCCUCGUGUGAAGGCGAUAGAUGGUAUCGACUUCAAAGUUAAUCCCAGUUUUGUUCAAAAUGAUACCAGCUCUUCUUCCCAGCUUCCGGAUCUCUCCCAAUUCGUAAAUUUGGAACAUCGACAACUGGACGAAAAGUACAACUACAGUUUUGCCACAGAACGAGCUGUUCUUUCCUGA